GUCUUUUAUUAAAAAAGAAAAAAGAGUUAGAUAGUGUUUCCUGGCCACAUCUACCCUUCACCCCCACCCCACCAAACCCCCCCACCAACACCCCCAGGCCGUGAGAGACUGAGCACAAAACAAAUCAGUAGUGAGAGAGAGAGAGAGAGAGAGAGAGUCACAAUUCACACAUCCCCAAUCUCCACUCCCCACCAACCAUGGCCGCCACCUUAUCCCUCCUGCCCCCCGCCUCCCUCUCCUCCCUCCGCCGCCAAUCCCACCUCCGCCCCAAAUUCUCCGUCAAGGCCUCCGCCCCCGUCCUCACCCAAGACGACCUCAAGAAGCUCGCCGCCGACAAGGCCGUCGAGUACGUCAAGAGCGGCAUGGUCCUCGGCCUCGGCACCGGCUCCACCGCCGCCUUCGUCGUCGACAAGCUCGGCGCCCUCCUCAACUCCGGCGCCCUCUCCGGCAUCGUCGGCGUCCCCACCUCCAAGCGCACCCAGGAGCAGGCCGCCGCCCUCGGCAUCCCCCUCGCCACCCUCGACUCCCACCCCCACAUCGACCUCGCCAUCGACGGCGCCGACGAGGUCGACCCCAACCUUGACCUCGUCAAGGGCCGCGGCGGCGCCCUCCUCCGCGAGAAGAUGGUCGAGGCCGCCUCCGACAAGUUUGUUGUCGUCGUCGACGACUCUAAAUUGGUAACGGGGCUAGGUGGAUCGGGGCUCGCCAUGCCCGUCGAGGUGGUGCAGUUCUGCUGGAACUACAACCUCGUCAGGCUAAGCGAGCUGUUCAAGGAGGAGGGCUGCGACGCGAAGCUCCGAUUGGACGCCGACGGGAAGCCUUACGUCACGGAUAACUCCAAUUACAUUGUCGAUCUGUAUUUCAAGACUCCGAUCAAGGAUUCCGCCGCCGCGGGGAGGGAGAUCGCCGCCUUGGAAGGGGUGGUGGAUCACGGCUUGUUCUUGGAUAUGGCCACCGCCGUCAUUAUCGCCGGUGGGAGUGGGAUCACCGUCAAGACUAAAUGAAGAUGAUGAUUGGGAUUUGGUGAGAAUUGGGGAUUUUUGCUGAUUAACUUUGUUUUCUUCGACUUUCGAUUACUUCUACAUUGUUGUGCAUUAAUUUUGGUGUAACUCAAAGAGCUCAAAUAAAUGGAGAAAAAAAAAUAUUUGUACACUAA